AUGUUUGGAUUCAAUAAGCCUGCUUCGACAGGCUUCGGCUUAGGCAACCAAGGAAAUACUUCUACUGCUGGAGGCAAUCUCUUCUCCCAACCUCCUGCCUCCUCGACUGCUGCCCCCAAUUCACAGUCGACAUUCGGCGGUGCUGGAGGCGGCCUUUUUGGACAACAAAAACCAGCCUUAGGAGCUCCAAAUCCACCAAGUGGAGGACCUUUUUCACAAUCUACAACUGCUGCCCCUGCACCGAGUACUCAGGGAACAGCACCUAGUGGCGGUUUAUUUGGACAAUCACAACAACCAUCUACAGGCGGACUAGGUGGUAGUGGUUUAUUUGGUAACAAGCCGCCUGCUACUGGAUCCACAGGUUUGUUUGGCUCUUCGCAGCCCCAAUCCUCUGGUACAGGUCUUUUUGGACAAGCUCAACCAUCCUCGACUACGAACCAACCCUCCACAGGUUUGUUCGGACAAACACAACCUUCUACUACUCCAGGCGCUGGGUUAUUGGGACAGACACAACCCCCGGCACAACCAAGCGGUGGUCUGUUUGGUCAAAAACCUGCUCAACAAAGUGGACUUUUUGGACAAAGUCUUCAAAAACCAACAACUUCUCUCUUUGGAUCUACAAAUAACCAACAACCAAAUGCGCAAUCUCUCUCUACUCCUUCCAUUCAUCCCACAACUCGCUAUUCGAGCCUUGAUGCAAAUGUUCAGAAAUACCUCGACGACAUGGACAAAGAGAUUUUCACACAGAUCCAGCUUGCUGAAGAGCUGCAGACAAAGUCCUCAGAUGUCACCGAAUUAGUUAAUUCUGUUCCUUUAGAUGUAGCCGAAGUAGAGCGUCGCUUAUCGUCCGUAUCUACUGCUCUACUUAUUGAUUCUGAUGAAAUGGAGUUAACAAAAAAGCUUGUUGAUAAAGACACUACGAAUGCACGAAUUAGCUCUCGUAUAUUGGAUCUUUUCAAAACUCCCGGUGCUAUAUACCCUUAUACUUCUAAUGAUCCUUUGAUGUCUUAUUUCGAAGAAUUCGUUGGCGAUGCUGACAAGCGCACUCAAUUAUAUGCUUCCACUAUUGCUGAACUUGAACAGCAUUUGGAACAGGUUGAGACCACCCCUCAAAAUAAUAGCCCUGAUGCUUUACUUCGAACCAUAAAAGAAGAGCACAAACUUUUCAUGGUUUUAAGCAAUCGCUUUGCACAAGUACAUGAUGAAGUCAAGAGACUACAAGUGAAUAACUCUACAGCACCGAUGUUUCUCAGUUAA